AUGCGUAGUGUAAUUAUUAUUAUAGCAUAUUUGGCCGUGGAUAUCAACGUGGAAGCUAACCCCACUGUGUACACAGAGUAUGGAAAGGUGAUGGGAUUGUAUGUUGAUAACGCUCGUAUAUUUUUUGGAGUGCCUUAUUCGGCACCGCCAGUGGGUGAACAUCGCUGGAAACCACCUCGUCCGCCGGCAAAAUGGUCGCCCAGUGUGUUUAACGCAACGAGAGACCCAUUUGCCUGCCCACAAAAGUGUCAUUUACCUCCACACACUUGCCCAAAUAAGACGAGUGAAGAUUGUCUGACCCUGACCGUGUUUACACCUCUCACAUCAACACCAGCGUCGAAAGCUCCAGUUAUGGUAUUCUUUCAUGGCGGUAGUUUCCGUCAGGGAAGUGGAUACAGUCUUCUCCAAGAUGGUCGAUAUAUUGCCAAUCAUACCGAUACUAUUGUUGUGUUUGUGAACUACAGGCUUGCAUGCUUCUUCACACUUGUGACGUCACAACAAACACGGAACUGUGCAAAGUCCCCACCUCAAAAGGCGCCUACUGCCAUUGACACAUCCAGCAAACUAAACCGACUUCGCAGGGAUAUGGCGGAUUUUAAUCUUCUUGCAGCGUAUUUAAUAACACCAAAAGAUGCGCAUCAGAGCGAGUACACAGCUGCCCAUGAGAUGCGAUUACAAUACAUCAGCGGUUUUGAUGGAUACGAAGGACUCGGUGUUGUAACGACAGACAAAGCUUUACUUUGGACGCUUGAGAAGUACCGGGAACGCGCCGAAGAACUAGUCGACUGCAACUGGGAAAUAUUCACACCAGGUAGCGAGAACUACAUUGAGCCGGAGAACUGGUUAUACGAAAAUAUGGAGACUUCUAGUCGGAUUGGCGCAGAUAUGACCUAUCUGACUUUCGCUGAACAUGAAAGAUUUGUUAACGCGUUUCAAGGAGAGCUGAUAAUCUCGAAAAUACCUGGGCUUAUUGAUGAUCUUUGGAACUCUGAUGGCAACCGCCCUCCACGUCCAACCGGCACUCUAAUGUCGGUGUCUACGCAAUAUACGGGGGCGAGUUGGUUGUCGAAGGUGAACACAAUUCGCGACAAGAUGUCGGAGAAGAACGUUGGCGCUAUGGUUCUCACAGAUCUUGUGGAUAUAUCAUGGGUGUUCAACCUUAGAGGAGCCGAUACGCCAUAUAAUCCACUAUUUUUCGCCUAUGCAAUCAUCAAACAAGAUACAGUCAACUUAUAUGUGGACGGUGGAAGAAUCGAUGGGACGGGAAUACCGGUUUGUACUGGUUCUGAAGACAAAUCAUCCUGCGUCACUACUAAUUUUUACACUGGAUUCAUGUCAGAUUUAGCGCAGCUGGCAGCGGUAGGCUAUGGCGAUCUGUGGAUGGAGGAGAGCGCCAGCUACGCCGUAAUUGACAGCGUAAAGGAUUUCAAUGCUGGCUUUAUCACCGAGAUAUCACCAAUCAAACAGAUUCGAUCAAGAAAGAACGUACGAGAACAAGAAUCCAUACAGAAUGUACAGAUUCGAGAUUCUGUGGCAGUGUGCGCAUUCAUGCAGUGGUUGGAAAACGAAAUGAAAUCUGGAAACAAUCCGACCGAACUAUCAGCCAUGGGCAAACUGAAGUACUUCAGAGAAAAGUCUGAAAAUUACAGAGGGGAUAGCAUUCCCCCAAUAUCUGCAUAUGGAAGUCACGCUGCCACUAUUGAUCACACUCCUACAAUUUACAAUGAUAUGACAAUUAAUACUACAGGAUUAUAUCUAUUCGAUAGUGGUGCACAGUACAUUGACGGAGCAACUGAUAUGUCAAGAACGUUGCAUUUUGGAACACCAAGUAAAAACGAAACGGAUGCAUACACCACUGUUUUAAGAGCACUUAUCCGUUUGGCAGUGACAGUCUUCCCGAAAGGAAUGUACGGCGGAGAGUUAGACUUUCUAACUCGAACGCCCUUAUGGAAAGCUGGGAUGACGUAUCCACAUGCCACUGGUCAUGGACUUGGUGCUUUUGUUGCACAUGAAGAUCCUAUACGCCUGGAAAAGAGAAAUGGCAUAUCUUCUGUUGACGAAAUACCAAUACAAACUAAUAUGUACAUUUCAAACGAUAUUGGUCUACAGCACGGUGAAUUGAAAACAAAGCCCCGUGGAUUGCCACUGGACGAGUACACUAUUGCAGAUAAAAUGAAAGAGGCUGGUUAUUCAACCCAUCUCGUUGGAAAAUGGCAUUGUGGAUUUUAUUCAAAAUUCCAUCUCCCACACAAUAGAGGAUUUGACACAUUUUUUGGUUUUCUCAACUCACACGAAGACCACUAUAACCACACGAAGGGUGGUCUACCGGAUUUGAGACGAAAUGAUGUGUGUGUAACCGACAAAUAUUUUGGUAAUUUUUCAACAAUGAUGUAUGCAAAUGAAGGAAUGGCCAUUAUUAAUGCUCAUGACCGAAAUAAGCCCAUGUUCCUUCUCAUGUCGUUUUCGGCGGCACACCAACCCUUGCAAGUGCCAUCUCUCUACGAGAAGCAAUACGAAUCUACCGUAUACGACACCGAUAGGAAAACAUUUGCAGGUAUGGUGUCAUGCGUGGAUGAAGCCAUAGCAAAUAUCACCGAGACUCUGGAAAAUAGAGGCAUGCUGACAAACAGUGUAAUUGUAUUUACAACUGGUGAGUACCUAUACUGGAGGAUGAGUAGAGACAGAAUAUCCUACAUUUUAGAUGCGUUUAAUACACUUUUCUAG